GCAGCAUCCCGCAGCAGGAGGAAGACCAGGAAAAGCCCCCAGGUCCGCAGCAUGAAGAACCCCAUGUACGAAGUGGCCUCCCUGCUGCUGGAGAAGCUGCUCCUCCUGGCCAACCUCAAGCUGUGCAGCGUGGGCCCCGGCGCGGCGGAGGAAGAGGAGAAACACGCCAGCUACUACGACACCACCUACUUCAAGCGGGGCGACCUGCUGGAGGUGCACCGCACCCUCUUCGUCCACUUCGGCAUCUACCUCGGGGACAACCGGGUGGCGCACCUGAUGCCGGACAUCCUGCCCGCCUUCACCGACGACCAGCGGCAGAUCCAGCAGGUGGUGACCAACAAGAGGCUCAUCCUGGGCGUCCUGGCCAGAAUGGCCAGCAUCCGGGUGGACGUGGUGGAGGACUUUGCCUACGGCGGCUCCAUCCUGGUGAACCACAUGGACGAGGCCUUCCCGAACAAGGCGCUGUGCGACGAGGAGGUGGCCCGCCGGGCGGAGAAGCUGGUGGGGGCCACGGCGUACAGCCUGCUGUGGAACAACUGCGAGCACUUCGUCACCUACUGCAGAUACGGCUCCGCGGUCAGCUUCCAGACCGACAAGUUCUGUGAAACAGUGAAGAUGAUUAUUCGGGACCAGAGAAGUGUUCUUGCUUCAGCGCUCCUGGGAUUAGCAUCUAUAGUCUGUCUGGGUUUGGCACCUUCCACCACCCUGCCCACUAUCAUUAUUCCAUUCUUUCUGUGGAUGGCUGGUUAACAGCAGCACC